AUGCCAAAUUCCUUUUGGGGGAGUAUUGAUGAGCUUGUCAGCGCCUACUCGGCAAGGAAGUUGAUCUAUGGCUCCGACAAGCUCCGGCCUUUUCUGCCCUCGCUAAAAAAUGCAUCCCGUCAUCGGGGGAGAUUCCCUCGCAGGCAUCUGGAACUGCCGACUUCCGGUGAGGGUUGCUAUGGACGGCCGACCUCAAGUUCUGUCGCCACGCCAAGGGUUGAACCACGGGUUUCCGGAAACCCCUAUGGAGAGAUUCGUAGUCCCUCGAUCGUCCUCGGAGCCUUGACUAAGCCACAAAUUGCUUAUACUACCAUCUCAGACCGUUCCAUGAUUAGGACGGUGAUCUUCGAUGAGCCUGUCGGCUCUGAAGACAUUCCACAUCUGGAUUCGACGGGCCUUUUCCAAAUGAGAAUGGAGUCCGCCGUCCAUAUACUUUCGGGGACAAGUCCAACUGGAAUCCCGAUCUUGAUCUCCUGGAAAAAGAAGAGUAGUGGCUGGUGCUCAUCCACACAGACGAUUAAGUUCCAGUGGAUCGAAAGACGAAAGUGGUCUAACUCCGGGGCCGUUUGUUUGGUCGUUCGACGUACGAGCAACGACGACUCUGACAACACAUUCGAGAAGGUGGGGUUUGCGAGGCUGAGGGCGCAAAACCUAAUAGCUUCAAAACUUUAG